GCUGAGCCGAUCAAGUUCAGUACCCCCGGUGGCCAUCGACGAGAAGCUGGAGGUAUCAAAUUCGGUAGCACUGGUGGCCAUCGACGAGACACUGAGGCUGAGCCGAUCAAGUUCAGUACCCCCGGUGGCCAUCGACGAGAAGCUGGAGGUAUCAAAUUCGGCAGCACUGGUGGCCAUCGACGAGACGCUGAGGCUGAGCCGAUCAAGUUCAGUACCCCCGGUGGCCAUCGACGAGAAGCUGGAGGUAUCAAAUUCGGUAGCACUGGUGGCCAUCGACGAGACGCUGAGGCUGAGCCGAUCAAGUUCAGUACCCCCGGUGGCCAUUGA